AUGGUUGCCACUUCGACUUCGAAAUCAUCUACUGACGUCGGCCUCACUACUGCGGCGGCUAGAAAUUCGGAUAAGUGUCGGUACAAGACCGGUAAAUGUCUGAAUCCCCGGUCUAGUAAACGCAAUGGCCAGCCGCACCAGCUUUGCCUAUUCCACCGCGACAAGGCCAACAUGAUCCAACGUCGUUUUGACCGCCAGAAGCGUCAAAUUGCGCGAACGCAAAAACUUUGUGAAUCUCAAGGCCACGAGUCUCCAACAUCUAUUUCGAUGCUCGACUGGUCGGCACUUGCGGAAUUAGUGCCUCCUACGGAGUCCAUGUGCUCAACAUCGUUCUCGUCGCUCAAGUCAGAAGAUAUCCAAACGUUCUCAUCUAAAUCGUCAGACUGCAGUCAUAAUGAGAGCAUCUGGACAGAUCUCUGUGACACAAAAUCUGUUCAUUUCGACGAAUAUUUGGACAUGCAAUUCUCAUUAAAUUGCUACCCGAAUUAUCUGUCUACAGAUGAAAUUGAUUUUUUAUGCGCUGCUGUACUGGAGUAA